AUGCCCUCUCUCACAGUAGCAGUCGCCCAGUCUCGUACACACGAAUCACUAUCCGAAACCCUCCGCGCCCUCGAACGAACAACCGCCCUCGCCGCCCGCCGCGGUGUCCACCUCCUCCUCUUCCCAGAAGCCUAUCUAGGCGGAUACCCGCGGACAUGCACCUUCGGCUCCGCAGUGGGAAGUCGACACCCGCGCGGCCGGGACCAGUUCCUUGCCUACUUCAAGGCAGCCGUUGAUCUAGGCGAUACGCCAGCCGGAGCUGGUGACGAGUGGAUUGGUCGUAGAUUGGAAAUCGCAGAGGGAAAAAGGUUCCGAGGGGACGGGACGAGGGAGUUUCUUGAGCGUGUUGCAAGGGAAACCGGAGUGUUUUUCGUUACCGGGUUGGUGGAGAGAGCAGGGGGUAGUUUGUAUUGUGCUGUUGUUUAUGUGGAUCCUGUCAGAGGUAUUCUGGGGAAGAGGAGGAAGGUUAUGCCGACGGCCGCCGAGCGCAUGAUUUGGGCCCAGGGGUCCCCUUCAACCCUCCGCGCAGUCACAACAACCCUAAACGGUAUCCCACUUACCAUAGCAUCGGCAAUCUGCUGGGAGAACUACAUGCCCCUCCUACGACAGAGUCUGUACUCACAGAACGUGAAUAUAUAUCUCGCUCCCACAGCCGACGCCCGCGAUACCUGGCUCGCGCUCAUGCGCACCGUCGGCAUAGAAGGUCGUUGCUUCGUGCUCUCAGCGAACCAGUGUGUGCGUCCCUCCGAGCUACCGGAGUGGAUUACCAGUCCAAGUCCGAAUCGGAAUUUAAAUCCAAAUACACGCACGGCUCCAAAUCCGAAGACUACACAGAAUCCGGGAAGGAAACUUUCCAUCACUGCUGAGGGUCCGCAUGAGAUUGUCUGGCCACCGGCUCACGGUGAGGCUCACGGUGAGGCACAGGAUGAGGCACAGGGUGAAGCACAGGGGCAGUCGGGGAAUUCUUUCACGUCGAAUACUAAACAGUCCCUUGCUACGUCGGACUCGGACUUGGAGUAUGUUUGUCGUGGUGGAAGUUGUAUUGUCUCGCCGCUUGGAGAGGUCCUUGUCGGUCCGUUGUGGGAAGUUUGUACGGAUGACGUACCAGAUAGUAGCGAUGCUGCUGUGACUGAUUCCGCGCCUGGCACGUCGGCUACUGAGUCUCGGCCGGAUGUUGCGGCGGGUGAUGGGCUGGCUAUUGCGCGUGUUGAUAUGGAUGAUUGUGAGCGUGGACGGCUUGAUCUUGAUGUUGCUGGGAGUUAUUCACGGAGUGAUGCGUUUAAAUUUGAGGUUGAGGGGUUGGAUUUGGCGCCGCCGCCUUUGUAG